GCCGCGCUCCCAGACUAAACCCGACAUUUAAAACAUUCCCGUCGCGUAAAUCCACAAUCCGCAGCCAUGAAGCUCGUCAGAUUCCUCAUGAAGUGCCAGAAUGAGACUGUUACAGUCGAACUCAAGAAUGGCUCCAUUGUCAACGGCACCAUCACUUCCGUUUCCCCUCUCAUGAACGUCGCCCUCCGCACUGUCAAAUACACACCCAAGUCUCGCGACACCGUUACCCUCGACUCAAUGACUGUCCGAGGCUCGACUAUCCGAUACAUUAUUCUACCAGACUCAUUACCCCUCGAUACCCUGCUCAUCGAUGAUGCGCCCAAACCCAAGAACAAGGCCAGGAAAGAGGCCGACCGAGGCGCUGCUACAGGAGGACGUGGAGGCGGCGGUCGCGGCGGAGGUCGAGGAGGCGGUGGACGUGGCGGAGGCCGAGGAGGCGGCGGACGUGGUGGUGGCCGAGGAAGGGGGCGCGGCUUCUAGGCGCAGGAUAAGAGCUGCGAUCUGCAGUACAGGCGAACAUACCCACGCACGGAAUUGGACAGAGAGGGCAUGGUGCACGCAGGAGAUCAGAGUGUCAAGGGUAGGGAAUACCGUUCGCUUCAGAUACCCGAGAUUGAUCAAGUGCAUUAGGGAUCACGUUUGGUUCGAGCAUGGCAUGCACAAGUCACGAGCAUGCACGGCGUUUGGCAAAAUUGGUUUCUGUGUAUA